AUACAUUCAAAUUGCAUUUCUGUAUUUACCAUCUUCCACCAACAGAUGGCAAUGUUACUGUAGGUAGGAUUCCAUCAUUUCAGGACCUGAAGGCCCAUCCUGAUGCAAAGCUUCGGUAACCACAAAAGUGCUUGCUUCCUUUACGUCUUGUCAGAUCGUUUGGAAUGUGUCUCCUUAAUCCUGAUACGGCAUGAGAUCUGGGGGGGGGAGUGUAUUGUUUGUCCCAAAUGGCACCCUAUGGGCCCUGGUCAAAAGUAGUGGAUUAUUUAGGUAAUAGGCCAGAGUACAGGCCUCGGUUUAAAACUCAUUCCUUUGACGAUGAACGUGAAUCUGACCAUCACCCCUAGUGAGACAAAACUGCAACACUUUUUGCCAGUCCUGUCUGGUUCAGCGACAGUGGGUUUGUGCCCAUAGGCGACGACGUUGCCGGUUAUGUCUGGUGAGGACCUACCUUACAACAAGCCUACAAGCCCUCAGUCCAGCCUCUCUCAGCUUAUUGCGGACAGUCUGAGCACUGAUGGAGGGAUUGUGCGUUCCCGGUGUAACUCGGGCAGUUGUUGUUGCCAUCCUGUACCUGUGAUGUAGGUGUGAUGUUCAGAUGUACCGAUCUUGUGCAGGUGUUGUUACACGUGGUCUGCCAUUGCGAGGAUGAUCAGCUGUCCGUCCUGUCUCCCUGUAGCGCUGUCUUAGGCGUCUCACAGUACGGACAUGGCAGUUUAUUGCCCUGGCUACAUCUGCACUCCUCAUGCCUCCUUGCAGCAUGACUAAGGCAUGUUCACGCAGAUGAGCAGGGACCCUGGGCAUCUUUCUUUUGGUGUUUUUCAGUCAGUAGAAAGGCCUCUUUAGUGUCCUAAGUUUUCAUAACUCUGACCUUAAUUGCCUACCGUCUGUAAGCUGUUAGUGUCUUAACGACCGUUCCAUCGGUGUAUGUUCAUUAAUUGUUUAUGGUUCAUUGAACAAGCAUGGGAAACAGUGUUUAAACCCUUUACAAUGAAGAUCUGUGAAGUUAUUCUGAUUUUUACAAAUUAUCUUUGAAAGACAGGGUCUUGAAAAAGGGACGCUUCUUUUUUUGCUGAGUUUAGCUAGCCAGAUCCAGUACAGGUGUUGCCGAGACGUAAUGCUCCUGUAGAACUCGUCAGGGACAAACGGAGGUAAAUGUGGACUGUAUUUGAGGCCCCCGUUGUGGUCGUCUGUGGUUGAGGCAGUGGAGACGUACAUAAAGGGGAACCAAGAGAGAACUCUCCCAGUUACAAUAUGUGAAAGACCAUGUAGUGUUUGUAUAGUGUGUCUUUUAGAAUAUUAUAAUGUAUGCCAUUUAGCAGAUGCUUUUAUCCACCGUCACAAAUUGCAUACAUUUUCUUAUGGGGGUUACAAAAUCAAUGUAGGUUAUGAACUUUUGUCACUUUCAAGAUCAAGAUGUGCAGGUGUUGAUCGAACGUUUUACUGUACAUGAAAGGAUGAUUGAUGAUUGUGUUUUAUUAAAUGAAUGUACAAAUUUAACAGCCAUCAUAUUUUCUGCAACAGUACACGAUUGCCAUGCUCAGGAGCAUAAGUAAUGGUAAGUUAUCUAGAUGGGUACAAUUUGUCUGCAUCGGACCUAGUUGGUGAGGGGUAAGAGAGUGUUGACAUUCCCCUGCUCCCCCUCUCCUCCAUCUCCCCUUCGUACACAAAGGAAGCCUUUCAGUCCCUUGACAUGUCUGCUUCAGGUGUGAGAAGUGGAGACUGGGUAGGAAUGACAGGGCGGUUGGUUCCGAGUUAAGGUAUGGCAUGUGGAUCUGAAGUGUGAAGGACCAACAUAUCCUGGACAGCUCUGUUUACUGUAUCUGUCCUCCCAUCCAGGGUCUGGGUAUAUCUGGGCAUACACACGCUACACACACACACACAGAGCAAAAGGACCAAGAGCCCGGAUCCAGCACCAGUGUAAAACCAUGCCUCGUCGUUGUGUCUCAAUGCUGCUCUGGGUCGUCCUGCUGGGUCUCCUCUCUCUAAUAGGGGCUGAAGAAACAGCAGGAGAAGAAGGCAAAGCAGCAGAUUUGGGGCGUGAGAAGCGCAGCAUGCCCAACUGGGCUCUGACCUCCUCUGACUUCUUCGGCUGGGUGGAGGCUCUGCGCGAGCAUGCUGGUUAUGAGAAGAUUGAAGACUUGUCCAGAACCUUCUGGGCUCACUUCCCCUCCGCCAGCCGCCUGGGCUAUGAGCUGUCCGACCCUGGCGAGGAGUGAGGAACCACAACCACAACAACAACGACGUAUAUAAAAACUGGUGUAGGAUCAGUUUAGCCUUUUUAGAUCCAAAAGAAUAAGAGUAUAUGGACAGGGGGGACCUGAGUCUAGAUCCGAGUAGGAAUGCUGAUCUAGGAUCAUGCCCCCCUGUCCAUGUAAUCUAAUGAAUUGUGAUCUAAAAUAAAGAAACUGAUCCUAGAUCAGCACUCCUUCUCUGAGACGCUUUAUGAUUACGGGACCAGAACUAGAACCAACACCUCUCUACUGCAUGCAAGUAGUGUAAAUUGUAUAUAGAGGCCUACUCUAUGUCCUCAGAGGACCCUGGAAUAGACAUGUAUUGACACUCACCAAAGAGGAGAAAGGGAGGGGAUGGAAUGUCUGCAUGGAGGUCAUGUGACUCUCAGUACUGUACGUGGGAUAGACAGAGAACACAGGUUGACACCAGAUCAGAACUCUCAUACACUUGACUUUGCCUUGUUUUGUGUCCGUGAACAAUACAUCUGUAUGCGUUCUGUGUGUGAAACUGCUUUUCCACCACCCAAUUAAACUCCCAGGGCCCUGGAGAUGUAA